GUCACAGAGGCGCUGGCAUCGCAAAGUAGAGUGUCAAGUAAAUGCGGCGUUUUGUUUUGGGUUUUUCACUGCGAGAUUUUCUGCGGAAAAUUGUGGUUUUUACUUAAGAUUACGAAGAUAUUUAGUUGGAUAUCAUUAGAGAGGAGUUCAAAGAAGACCUGUGCACUGAAUAAAUGCACAGGAGUUUGUGGAUUUUAGUGUAAAACAGUGAUUUAGCAAUUCUAACCUCAAAAUGGCUGGUGUUUUGUUUGAGGAUAUCUUCAAUGUGAAAGAUAUGGAUCCGGAAGGGAAGAAAUUUGAUCGUGUUAGUCGAUUGCACUGUGAAUCUGAGUCCUUCAAGAUGGAUCUCAUCUUGGACAUCAAUUGCUGGCUCUAUCCCAUGGAGCUGGGUGACAAAUUCCGCCUGGUUUUGGCCACAACUCUCUACGAAGACGGACAUCCAGGAAGUGGAGAGUACAAUCCACUCGAGACAGAAGGAACCCGCGCUGAUAGUUUUGAGUAUGUGAUGUAUGGGAAAAUCUACCGGAUAGAAGGUGAUGAGGCACAUACAGAAGCUUCCAGUCGUCUGUCGGCCUAUGUGUCCUUCGGAGGUCUCCUCAUGCGCCUCCAGGGUGACGCCAACAAUCUCCAUGGGUUCGAAGUGGAUCAGAAUAUCUACUUGCUGAUGAAGAAACUGGCUUUUUGAGUUCAGAAGUUUGUAUAUUUCAUAAAAUUAAAAAUUUUCAGCAUUUUUUUUUCACAACA